GUGGCAGUGAGAUUGCAUCUAUUGUAAUUAAUGAAAGUAAGGCAGAAGGAGAGGAAAUAAGGAAGUUCCUGGAAGAACUUCGUGUUACAUUUCCACAGGCUUUGCAGGUUGUGAAAACAAGGCAAGUGACCUAUUCUGUGCUGAAUCAUUUAAUUGAUUAUCUCCAUAAUCUUGAGAAGGUUGGGUUGUUGGAGGAAAAAGAGAUGAAUCAUCUAGAAGAUGCUGUCCAGACCGACUUGAAAAGGCUAUUACGGAAUCCUCCUUAAUUUAUAAAUUUGACUUACAUCAAAUGGAUGUAAAAAUCAUAUUUUUGAAUGGUGAGGUGAAUGAAGAAAUAUACAUGGAACAACUUGAGGGCUUCGUGAUGAAAGAUCAAGAACAAAAAGUUUGUAAAUUAGUUAAAUCACUAUAUGCUCUUAAACAAGCACCUAAAUAGUAUCAUGAAAAGUUUGAUGAAAUGGUUGUAUCAAAUAGUUCUAAAAUUCAUGAAUCUGAUAAGUAUGUGUUUAGUAGAUUUGUUAAUGGAAAAUGUGUGAUAAUAUACUUAUAUGUAAAUAACAUGCUAAUACUUGGUAU